AUGGAAGAAUGCUUAUUAAAAGAUGGAAAUGUUGCUUCAGCAGUGGAUGCUAGUAAAAUGGAUUUAGCUAAAACACUUUCAGCUAAACACUGUCUAAACUUUGAACAUUAUUACAAAUUCCAUGCAGCGUUAGUUACUUUGUAUCAACACAAAAUGCAAAAGCUUCAAGAUAGUCAGGAAGAUGGUGCAAUAAAUUUGUCUCAAAAAGAACAAAUUGCAAAAGAAAUGAAAGUCCUACGAUGUCGACAUCCAAAUAUCUUUUCAAUACAUUCCUCGAUAUUC